CACUUCCUUAUCCUUUCGUUGGAAUGUAAUGCUCAGUUCGUAUUCGUCGCGCAGAAGACACCUAAAAGAAGCACAGUGUCCCAUAGCUUAAGCUUAACGAGUACUCAGCAUCGAUUAGUUAACGGAUUUUGAACUAGACGGGAAACGAAAACGGAUUUUGAAUAAAACUCACGGCUUUUGAAUGUUGUUGA